AUGAUACAUUCAGCCUACUAUUGUAUAUAUUCACGACGUCCAGAUCUGUUACAACAAUGGUACAUUCUACUUGAAGAGUUGAAGAGUUUCAACGCUGAAGAAAGUGGCAGUAAAAAAGAUUGCGACAAUCAAGAUGUUGGCAGUAAUGUUGCCAACAACAACGACAACAACAACAACAGCGACAACAACAACAGUGCCAAAAAUGUUGACGAAAAUGUUGAAAAAAUUUAUGGCGACAAACUAAAAACUGAGAAACAAGUCCCACCAACGUCUGCGAACCUAGUCUCAACUAAACAACGUAAUAAAAAAAGUGCGAUAAACAGUAAUAACGAUAACUCAAAGCAAAGAAAGUAUAAUAGGAAAUACAAGAAACAAAACAUAGAUAUAAAAAGUAGUGAACUAAGCGACGCCACCAUUCAGCCAGCAACGUCAACAACAACAUCAUUAGCGACAUCAUCAUCAUCAUCAUCAGACACGCCAAAAAAAUCAUUACUAUCACUUGCGUCGGCAUCAUCAUUAUCAUCAUCCUUACACUCAUCAUCAUCAGUAACAGACAGCGAAAAAACCGGAAAUGACGGUCUUAUUUCCGGCCGAGUGACCAAAGAUAAUAGAUCGAGGAGGGAAUUCUUGGAUAUGACCGCCAUGUUUGUUACGCUAUUAUUUUUCGUUAUGAUCGUCGCAUUUGUUCUGGCUAAGGUUUAUGUUAAUUAUCCGGAUGUUAGCUUGGUUGAUUUAGUAUCUUUCGACGUUUCAUUUCUUUUGCAAUAUCCGGACGACGAGGCCAAGGGACCGCCAUUUUGA